AUGCCUUCAGUGUGAAGCUACAAUAUUCAUAGUCAUGAAAAUAAAGAAAACUCUUUGAAUGAGAAGGUGUGUCCAAACAACAACGACAGCAACAACGAAGCUGCACACAGUUGAGACUGGAGCUGGUGGGUACUUGACAUGAGUUGUUGGGCACUGAGGUUCUGGUGGUGGUUCUGCAGUGAUGGAGGGUGGACAGGGUUCGCUUGAGGAGGUCCGUGGUUGAUCCAGACAGGAAACCGCCAGCCCGUUGUUGGUAGACGAAGUGAACAGGAGGCCUUACUCUUAAUCCACAAAGUUGGAGAGCUUUCUCCAGAAGUCAAAAAUCCAAAACAGCAAACAAUGCUGAAGGCGAAGUCAGGUUCAGCUAUACAGUCUGCAAAGGAGCCCAUACAAAGUUACAUAGAGCAAAGAACAAAGCAAGAAUUACUUGUGGCUUGAGCUUAUACCACUGAGGGCAACACUCUGGCGAUGAAUUGCUGGCAGCCUCUGUCUUAAAUACCAUCCAAGGAUGAUUAAGGAAAUAGGGAACACCUGUUACCUCUCCUCACGGUCUCCAGUGUCACCUAGAGGCUAUGUACAGUGAACAGCACCUGAAAAACAGACAGCACUCAGGUCCUGACAUAUAUAUAAUUUAUUUAUAGAUUUUUUUUGUGCUUCCAAAGGUUUCACAUUUGUCUUUUACUUAUUCCCGACAUAUAAAAAUGUGUUUGAAGAGCGAAUGCUUUGAGCAACAAUAUUGGAUUGUUAUUGGAUUAUUUAUAUCAACAAUAAAUUAAAUAAGAAGGUUGUCAAUGCAAAACAAUACUUGGGCAAUGACUUUUAUCACAUGAUAAGGAAAAAAGUUAUAUUUCAGGUAUUCUCAGCUGUCUGCAGGAACUAUUAUCAUGAAAUUGUGCGUCAACUUUAGACAAACGAUAAUGACUGUCCUCAGAGAAUAAACCAGUUGUCUAUUUUUUCUCUCUGUCUGAAGGUUUUCUGCACUCAUAGUGUGAGAACAUGCCUCACUCUGUGGAGUUACUGUGUAACUUUAAAUUGACAAUGUCACCCAUGUGGACAUUUUCUUUCUCAACUGUUUGUUUUUGCAACAACAAAGUUUAAUAUCGGUUGUCCAACCUUCACUUAAAGGAUGUGAAUAUGUGAUUAUAGUGUUUUGCAAAGGGUUUUCACAUAUUGUUUCUGGAAUUUGUGGCGUACAUUUUAGUCAAAACGUUGUUGGACCACUUUUUUUCUGCAAUUUCAACUGCAGGUCUUUUGGAACAGUAUCUACCAGCUUUGCACAGCUAGAGACUGAAACUAUUACAUGUUCUUCUUGGAUAGAGAGCAGCUGCAAACAUAAAUUUUCAAGUCUAGCCACAGAUUCUAAAUUGCAUUUGGGCCAGAACUUUAAUUGAGCCAUUCCAGCACAUGAAUGCACUUUGACAUAAGCUGUUCCGUGGUAGCUCUGGCUGUAUGUUUAGCAUUGCCGAACCUCUGGGCCAGUCUCAAAUCUUCUUCAGCCUCUAACAGGUUUUCUUCCAGUCUUGCCCUGUAUUUAGCUCCAUCCAUCUUGCCAUCACCUCUGACAACGUCUCUGUCACUGCUGAAGAAAAGCUUCCAUGAGUAUGUUGCUGCUACCACCAAAUGUCAUUGUGGGAAUGUUGGGUUCAGGGUGAUAUGCAGUGUUAGAUGUGCAAGUAAGUCAAAAAGAGUAUCUUCUUCCACAUCUUUGUUGCAUCUCCUGUAUGGCUUCUUGCAAUCAUAUCAUAUGAAGGCAAAAUAAAAUACAAUAAGUCUGUGGUUGCAAAGAUAAGUUUGUUUCAUUACAUGUGAGAUUCCAUAGAGAAGAUGUCUUUGCUGCUCGUUUAUAAUCACCACUAAUGGAAAUAUUUAAAUUGAGGUGUAAUGCUGUGUUGCUCUUUACUGUGUACUCCUUAGUUAAGAUUGUUCCAUGAUAUCACCACCUUGUCCCACAGGAAGUUCAGUAAAUAAUUAGUACCAAGGGAGAGCAUGAAGGGUUGAUUAAAAUAUGAAAAAAUGCUGAAUUUGUUGGUUCACUUCUUGGAUCUGUGUGAUCAGGGGUUCAUGGUGUGCCUGACUAUCUAAUUGUCUCCCUAUUUACACUUCAACUGAAUAAAUAGAUAAAUAUUUAAAAUCAAUAUUGGAUAAUUACUCCAUACAAUGGUUAAUGUGAGGGAAAGCAAUGUGCUUGUUGAUUUUGCAGUUAUUCAGCAGGUCCAGAGUUGGUCUGUGAUGAAAACAUGGAACAUGCUGAUGUAUUGGAUUAAAUCGACCAGGAUCAUGGUCAGCAGAGAUUAGCUCAUGUGCAAUGAAUUUAAUCAUUUGUCUGUAUGAACACAUAUAAAACACCAUGACAGUCAGCAGCAAAGCCUCAAAGUAUUCUUCUGCUCCAUACUUGUCACAAAGGAAAGCUAACUCAUGGUGCCAUGCAGAGGAUGAUGCCAUGUCAGAGAUUCUCACUGCAGAUGCUAUUUUGUAUGGGCUCUUGGUUUUUUCCGGGAUUUUGGGAAACAUCUUGGUCAUCCAUGUGGUGUUUCAGUCUGCUUUUGAGAGUCCAUCUCAGAGACUCUCUCCCUCCGAUACUAUCUUAGUGCACCUGUCUCUUGCUAACCUGCUCACCUCCCUUUUCCGCACGGUGCCCAUAUUCGUGUCGGACCUGGGCCUGGACGUGUCCCUGUCUCCUGGGUGGUGCAGGGUCUUCAUGUUGCUGUGGGUGUGGUGGAGAGCCGUGGGCUGUUGGGUGACACUGACACUCAGCAUCUUCCACUGCACAACCCUGAGGCGACACCAUGUGACCUUUGGACCUCUAACCCUACAGAGGGAGAGGCGGCGGGUGUGGGUGAUACUGGUACUGGUGUGGGGGGCUAACCUAGCCUUCUCAAUCCCAGCACUGUUGUACACAACUCAUGUUAAAGGCAACGCCACUGUAAAACUGAUGGUAAUAAGUUGCACCACAAGGCCUCUGCUGGGCUGCAUCUGGGAGUUCCCUACCAACCAACAAGGCUCUGCCUUCGCAUCCACUUCUCUUGCUCUCAAUGAGCUGUUGCCGCUGGUUCUGAUGGUUUGCACCAACCUGGCAACUCUUUACUCUUUGGCGAAGCAUAUUCGAGCUGUUACCUCAGGCUCUGAGUCAGGAAGCCAUUGGGAGAUGGACAAACAUGUGUCCACUGAACGUAAGGCCGCUCAUGUAAUCAUAUCACUGGUGUCGCUCUUUGUGGUCUGCUGGGUUCUGCAGGUUGCCGCAGUGACAUACUACAACCAUGAUGGAGGAUAUCAUGCGGAGUGGCUCCUGAAUGUGGCCCAGUUCUCUGCUUCACUGUUUGUGGGAUUCAGUCCCCUUGUGGUGGCCUUGGGACAUGGGAAGCUGAGGAGGAAAAUCAAGAGCAUGAUUCUGGUCUGGACCAACGUUCCUAACUAUCAGGAGACUGGAAGAGGAAAGAAAUCCCCCAAAACAAAGGGAAAACAAACAAAUUUUGUUGCUCAAAAAGAAAUGAAGGUAAUAAAGGUGAAAGACAAAGUUAAAUCACAGAGAUAAUGAAGGCGAAAUA